AUGAUAUAAAUGUGAGCUUAUGUCUCUUUCUUAUAUACCACUUGCACAUAAUAUACUCAUAGAAAAUCACUGCGUUUCCAUAACUUUUGUAGACGGUUAAGUAGUUGGAAAAUAAAUCAGCAAAUUUUGACUUUGAGAUUAUCUCCUUAAUCUUUGAAUGGACAAAUUACAAUGUCUGCCAUUAAACAUAAAUAACACAAAGCCCAAACUAUGAUGCCAAUGAAUACUUUGUUGGGAUUGUGGAUACUUUGCUCAACUGAAUCUGUGUUCAACCAAGUGCUUAUUGCAUCCAACAUGGCAUAACAAUAUUCUGAAAUAUGUCAUAAACGAGCUUUGGUAUCUUCGUUAUACUGAUCUAAAUGGUGAUCUUAGUAUUAAGCGUGGUGUCGCCUCAAUCCAAACACUUGUAACGUUCCAAUUGAAGAGGUUAUCUAACCAUGUGAAGCAGAGAUCCACAGCAUAUCGUAGACUAUCUAACAUCCUUAAAAAAUGCCCAGGCCACGUGUAAAUGCACAAUUCCGCUUGCCGGAUAAAAAAAGAUUCUUUCACGCAUAUCCCGGUUUUAUGACUGUUCUGGGUGUUAAAAAAGAUCUAGGAAGAAAAUUCGAAGUGCCCGCAUUAUGUCUUGAACUGUGGCAAGGCGACGAAGAAAUGAAUAAUAAACUACCAUUUUCUAAAACUAAACCAAAUGAAUUCGGCAUACACAAAUUUCAAUUACAGGUGAGGCCGCUACCGAAUGCCACUUCCAUGGAUGAAUUGCCAAUACUGGACUUGAACAUUUAUAACACGAAACAGAAGCUACCAGAGUUAUUAAACGUCGAUGUACCAUGUAUGUGUAGAGAAGAUGGUACGCCAUUGAAAGUUGUGGUUGAAAUCGCAAAUAAAGCAAUAGAGAAACCAGAAUUAUGUAGUUUUAAAGACACAAGAACAGGUUUAAUAUAUAUGGAGGCUUUCACUCAAACUGGGCCAGCAAACACGGCCACCAAAUGGGUUGGAAGAUACUACUACAGCGUAGAUACUCAAACGCAAUAUUAUGCAGAAACUGUAAAUGACACCAUGCAUGAUAAAGCAUCGCAAUGUUGGUUAGAUGGUGUUAAUGUUCGGUUUAUCUCGUCAGAUAAAGAUGCAAUUAUAAUUCCUACCAAAUACAUAACCUAUUAUCAGAUGAAGAGAGCAGAAAGGCGUAUAGAACGAAUUACUGUAAUGCAGCAUUACCUCCGUCGGCUUAAUAUGAAGGCAACCUUUAAGUGGGUUGGACAGGAACUACGCCGACUUCGAAGAAAUUUUGAUAAAUAUGAAAGCGAUUUUUAUAAAGAACAAAGAAGACUAAUUGCACGUAUAGAGAGAUUAAAAAAAUUUCCAUAUAGCCAAGAACAUUUUGAGUUACUUUACAAUGAAGUUUUCAAAUGGAGAACAGCCGAGGUUGAUCGAAUUAAUAGCCUUCGUCAUGGAGCCAGUCGCAUUGCUGAACUCAUUGAAUUGCUUUCUGCUGAGUCGCGUAUGCUUGUAGAGCUUGAUCGACGUAGAGUUUUGGCUGUAAAGAAAAGGCAAGAAGUACUUGAUGAAAGAAAUUUAGCAAAACUGGGAGAUCCAGUGCAAUUUAUAAGUUAUAAAGAUUUGAAAGUGGAUCUGUAUUUGUUAAGAGUUCAACGCGCAAAAUUAUUGAAUGACAUGCUCGCUGAAUUGAAGAGACCUACACAAAUGAAAGAACGAAUCAAAAUUUUGACCGAAGUAAAGAGGAUGCUCGGUCGUGAAAAACAUUUCAAGAAACUUGCAGAGCUUUUUGAAUUAGUGGAACGGGAAAUCAAUAUUUUAAAACACACUCGAAUAAAAGUAAAUAAUACUUACACACUACAUAGACGUUUAAAUUUUUUGUUCAAGGAACUAAUAAGAACCUAUAGUGAUCCAAAAACGGAAGAAAUUCCAAAACACUUGUGUGAAGUUUGUUCAAAGGUUAAGCCGCUUAGCAAAUUCAGUUUAAGCGUUCGCAAAGAACAAGUUACUUCUUGCGAGAAGUGCCAGUCUGUGAACCUUGCUGGCCGAAAUACAAUGUUCUUUAAAGCCGUUCUACGCGCCAUGCACCGCGAUGAGAAAUUAAGACAUACACCGGGCUCUCUAGCCUUUAUAAUGCAGAUUGAUGAUAUACGUUAUAUUAUCGAAAAAAUAUGGCAUGGCAGAUCGAUACUUAGUUUGAACAACGAUUUACGAAUAUUAAGAUUGCCACGUUGGGUUCGAAGUGAACCUUGGGCGCCCUGGAAUUGCAUUUGCGUCACUGAGGAAGAAGCUCGAUAUCAUAAUCAAAUUAAGGACAUACAUGUCACUUAUGAUGAAAAAUUACACACUCAUGUAAAAUAUCAUCACUUUUUAUCUCUACAAGUAUUUCAUAAAUCAAUUGAAGUUGGAAUUGAACAUGUUGAAACCUUUGAAUGGUGGGAUGUUGGCUUGAACAAACAACGAACAAUGCCUCCAUACGCAAAGGAUUGAAUACAGUAAAUGGGUGUGAUGAUUGCAUGUUAAUAAUAAAUAUUUAUUUUAUGAAUUUAAAGGACAAUUUUUAAAUUUCAAAAUAUAACUAAA